UUAAAGGUAAAAGGUGGGCAGAUCAUAGAAAAAACUGAUUUUCUCGGUAUCCUUAAAUAUCUUUUGCAGAAAAUCUUCGGAGAAAAAAUCACACAGACGUCCAACGAUAUUUCUGCGUCGUUUGUUUUGAAGGAUCAUUUAAUUUCACAAGGUAUUGUUAUGCAACCGAGAAGGUUAAGUAUUAAAAAUAACAAUCUGUUAUGUAUUAUUUUUUGGACGAAUGCCAAUUUACAGUUUCAUUAAUAAGGAUAAACGAUCACUAAUCCUACCAGUUAAUCUUGCCAAAACUGCGGUUUACCAAGAAAGGGUCAGCUGCAGAGAGCUGUCCCUAAAGUUUAAUUCACAGUUCUCAAAUGUAGCACUUACUAUCAUCUCAUACACUUGUCCCUCCUCUCUUUGGGAAUAAGGGAAUUCUCGGGAAACUUAAUUGUUUGCUUGCAAGUAGUUUAGUCAAGAUGUACGCAUUCGAUUGGAGCAAGCUUGUACAACAUGUCCUGGUUGUGUUCAAUGUCGGAAGGAUCUCGUUAAGAUUUUUUGUUCAAAAAAACAAAUAAAAAUAAAAUCAGAGUUCCUUGAACAAACCAUUCUUCGAAAAAUAAGUCAAAUUACUGAGUAUUGUAGCAAUGAUCAAUGAUUACUGUGUAUUUCACUACUGUAAUGAAACAUUUAUCUAACGUUACGACAUAAUAUACUUAAGUGAUUCAGUACUUCCUGCCAAGACUGUACUUUUCUUUAUUUGAUUUGUGAGUAAUAAUUUCGGCAACAUCUCCAGUAGAUGGCAGUCUGUAAAGAUUAAAAACUGAUGCGUUGUAACCUCAGCGCAGAUUCCCUGCUACAGAGUGCGGCGCCGCGUUACGAAAUAUAGUCCGAAAUAUCGAUCUCUACGAAUAUGAAAACUUUAAUAACAAAAUGUUUAUUAUUUAAUUUAAAUAAAAAUCAACUCAACGUGCCCCUAGUUAGCAAUGUUGCAAUAAAAUGUCUCUCGUCGCUCAACAGCUCCCCCAAAAAACAGGACCGUGUCCAAAAACUCAAAGAUGCAUCCAAAGGACAAAGAAGAAAUUAUUCUUUUAUUCAUGAUAUAAAUUACAUGCGAUAUAGCGAGAACAGGAAUGAAGAUACGUUAUUUGAUAUGUUCAAGAGCGAAGAAACGGGUUUGUUGUCGACUGGAAAAUUUCUCAACGAAUUGAGGGCGACAGGUAUCCGCAAGACGGACCCUCGUUUGCGAGAAAUGAUGGAGACGCUAAAAAAGAUCCAGAAAGAAACUGAUACGCAAAACCUGAAUCUGGAAACUUUUAGAAGCGUCGUGUCGCCUAGCAUAGGACUGAUCUCUCGAGCGUUCCGUCACCAGUUUAUAAUACCCGAAUUCCAAGACUUUUGUAAAGAGAUUGAAGAAAUCUACUGGACGUGCAAGGACAAUAAUAAUGGAGAAGUGGCGUCGUAUAUUCCUCAAUUGAAGCGUAUGAGUUCAAAUUACUGGGGAGUUAGCGUGUGUACAAUAGACGGGCAGCGGUUUUCUAUCGGGGAUGUCAAUAUCCCCUUCACAAUACAAUCCUGUAGUAAACCCCUAACUUACGGGAUCGCUUUAGAUCUACUAGGCGCGGAGAUAGUACAUAAAUACGUAGGGCAAGAACCCAGCGGGCGAAAUUUCAACGAGCUUAUCUUGGACCAUAAUAAGAAACCACAUAAUCCCAUGAUCAAUGCUGGGGCGAUUUUGGUCUGCUCCUUACUUAAAACGGUGGCAGGUCCUGAAAUGACCCUCGCCGAGAAGUUUGACUAUACUCUAAAUUGUUUUGCGCUCGAUGUGAACUUCUUGUUUGUUUGCUUUAACACUUUCGUAAUUGGAUUUAAACUUCAGCGAUUAGCAGGAGGGGAAGACUUAGGAUUCAAUAAUGCCGUUUUCUUGUCAGAACGGGAAGCAGCCGACAGAAACUACGCUUUGGGUUUCUACAUGAGGGAGCACAAAUGUUACCCUGAUAAGACUAACUUCAAAGAAUGCAUGGAUUUCUACUUCCAGUGCUGUUCCUUGGAGCUAAGUAGCGACUCGCUCUCCGUGAUGGGUGGAACCCUGGCAAACGGAGGUAUUUGUCCUCUCACCGAAGAAAAGGUCCUGAAAUCGGAGAGCGUCCGUGAUGUGCUCUCACUGAUGCAUAGCUGUGGAAUGUAUGACUACUCCGGGCAAUUUGCAUUUAAGGAAGUCAAUCGAUUUCAGGUCGGCUUGCCGGCGAAGUCAGGCGUAAGCGGGGCUUUGUUAGUUGUGAUUCCAAAUGUCAUGGGAAUAUGCCUUUGGUCCCCACCUUUAGAUCCAUUAGGUAAUAGCUGCAGAGGGGUACAGUUCUGCGAGGUAUUGCAGGAGCUUGUGAAAAAAUUCAAUUUCCACCGGUACGACAAUUUAAUUCAUGCAUCCGACAAGACUGAUCCUAGGAAGCAUAAGUUCGAAACCAAGGGAAUGAAUGUUGUUAAUUUGUUGUUUUCGGCUGCUUCAGGUGACCUGCCCGGACUCAGACGACACAAGCUAUCUGGCAUGGAUAUGACUUUGGCUGAUUAUGACGGACGUACUGCUCUUCAUUUAGCAGCUGCGGAGGGUCACGUUCAUUGUGUCAAUUUUCUCCUACAGCAGUGUAACGUGCCGCAUGACGUACGGGACCGGUGGGGGAAAUCACCUUUAGAGGAAGCAAUUAGUUUUGGCCAUUCUGCCGUUAUCGAGAUCCUGCAAGACUGGGACGAACGCAUUCAGAGAGCCUCAAAGAAUCUGAUGAAAGGAGGGGGUCCUGUGCCUGGAUUAGGCUAAAGACCGCGAUAUUAGUAGCAGAUAUUAGCAGACGACCACCUCGGUCUUUCUUUCGUGUCUUCUGUGAUUGAGUUCAAUCAUUCUUGUUGGUCUAGCAAUUAACGCUGUCGUCAGUAUUUGAACAUUGUUUUGUUAUUGAUCAAUACUUUUUCUAUUAUUGACAUAAACUGACAAUAAAAUGUUUUCUGUUUGUUUA